AGGUGGAAGUAGAGGUGGCGCGGUGUCUGCGAGCGAGAAAAAGGGCUGGACCAAUAGGUGCCCGGAAGAGGCGGGCCCCGCGGUCUGUUGAUUGGUACUGGCAGCCGACCCUCCCCCGGGGUGGUGCCGGAGGUGUUGGGGGGGGUGAUGGGUCGAGAGGUGUGUCUAUGUGGAGGCGAGAUGACCGGCAGGAACUUGCCCCAAUGGGGGGCAGAGUGCUUAGUGAGCGGGUGACGGACAGACCUGUAGGCCAACGGUUGGCCUUAAGUGUUCGCGGUCCUGUCCAAUGGAACGGCGCCGGGGCGGGGCCGCGGCUCGGGUUUAAUGAGACUCCAUUGGGCUGUAAUCAGUGUCAUGUCGGAUUCAUGUCAACGACAACAACAGGGGGACACAAAAUGGCGGCGGCUUAGCUCCUACCCCUGGCGGCGGCGGCAGCGGUGGCGGGGUCGACGGCACCUCCUCCAGGCGGCAGCCGCGGCUUCUUUCUCAGGCAGCGGCAGCGCCCCCGGCAGGCGCGGUGGUGGUGGCGCGCGGCCAGGUCUUGAUUUCCUAAAGAUGUCUUUCACUUGAAGAGUACAGUCCUUUCCAUUGUCCACGUCGCCUGGCUGUCCUCUUCAUCUCUUAAGGAUGCUUGUCCCUAAGAUGUUGCUUGACAUGGGCUGGGAUCCUUUGCCUCUUUGUUGAAUUGUGACUUUCAAAUGUGCAGGUUGUGUUAAGUACAAGGAGAACCUCUAUGGGUCACGUCUCUGUUGGAGAAGUCAUUUGUCAACCAUGGUAAAACUUGCAAACCCACUUUACACAGAGUGGAUCCUUGAAGCAGUGCAGAAAAUCAAAAAGCAAAAGCAACGGCCCUCUGAAGAGAGAAUCUGCCAUGCGGUCAGCACGUCCCAUGGGUUGGAUAAGAAGACAGUCUCUGAACAGCUGGAGCUCAGUGUUCAGGAUGGCUCAGUUCUCAAAGUCACCAACAAAGGCCUUGCUUCCUAUAAGGACCCAGACAAUCCUGGGCGUUUUACAGCAGUUAAACCAGGCACUUUCCCCAAGUCAACCAAGGGGUCUAAAGGACCAUGUAAUGAUCUGCGCAAUGUGGAUUGGAACAGACUUUUAAAGAGAGCAAUCGAAGGCCUUGAGGAGUCAAAUGGCUCCUCCUUGAAGAACAUCGAGAAGUAUCUCAGAAGUCAGAGUGAUCUCACAGGCACCACCAACCACCCAGCCUUUCAGCAGAGGCUCCGACUAGGGGCCAAGCGCGCUGUCAACAAUGGGAGGUUACUGAAGGAAGGACCACAGUACAGGGUCAACUAUGGGAACUCCGAUGGCAAAGGAGUGCUCCAGUAUCCCAGUGCUUUCCCAUCCUCACUCCCGCCUGUCAGCCUUCUGCCCCAUGAGAAAGACCAGCCCCGUGCCGAUCCCAUUCCAAUCUGUAGUUUCUGUCUGGGAACUAAGGAGUCCAAUCGUGAGAAGAAACCAGAAGAACUCCUGUCUUGUGCAGACUGUGGCAGCAGCGGACACCCAUCCUGUUUGAAAUUUUGUCCCGAAUUAACCGCAAAUGUGAAGGCCUUGAGAUGGCAGUGCAUCGAGUGCAAGACAUGCAGCGCAUGUCGGGUCCAGGGCAAGAAUGCAGAUAAUAUGCUUUUUUGUGAUUCCUGUGAUAGAGGAUUCCAUAUGGAGUGCUGUGACCCACCACUUUCCAGAAUGCCAAAAGGGAUGUGGAUUUGCCAAGUCUGCAGACCAAAGAAAAAGGGAAGAGAACUGCUCCAUGAGAAAGCCGCACAAAUAAAACGACGAUAUGCAAAGCCCAUUGGACGGCCGAAAAAUACAUUAAAGCAACGAUUGUUGUCUGUAACCAGUGAUGAAGGAUCCAUGAAUGCAUUCACAGGAAGGGGGUCACCUGGUAGGGGUCAAAAGACUAAAGUCUGUACCACACCUCCAUCUGGUCAUGCUGCGUCUGGGAAGGACUCAAGCAGCAGAUUGGCUGUUACAGACCCCACUCGGCCUGGUGCCACCACCAAAAUCACCACCACCUCCACCUACAUUUCUGCCUCUACACUUAAAGUUAACAAGAAAACCAAAGGGCUCAUUGAUGGCCUUACUAAGUUUUUUACACCAUCACCUGAUGGUCGCAGAUCACGAGGUGAAAUAAUAGACUUUUCAAAGCACUAUCGUCCAAGGAAAAAGGUCUCUCAGAAACAGUCAUGCACUUCUCAUGUGUUGGCUACAGGUACCACACAACAGUUAAAACCUCCACCUUCUUCACCUCCACUCCCAACCCCCACCUCUGGUCAGAGCCCCGGUUCACAAAACUCUACCCAGAGUUUCUCCAGCCAGUCCAGUGGGCCCUCCUUCAGCAGUGUCACUAACAACAGCCAGCUGAAGGCUCUCUUUGAUGGACUUUCUCAUAUCUAUACCACUCAGGGACAGUCUCGACAAAAGGGACACCCGAGUUAUACAGCACCCAAACGCAUGCGUCGUAAAACUGAAUUCUCUUCCACGGCAAAGGCUAAAGCCCAUUUCUUUGGAAAAAGAGACGUUAGGAGCAGGUUUCUUUCUUGCUCCUCCUCUAGCUGGGGGAUGACUAGACGACAUAUUUUUAAAGCCAUUGCUUACUUCAAGCGAACAACUUUUCUUAAAAAGCACAGGAUGCUAGGCAGAUUAAAAUAUAAAGUGACCCCUCAGAUGGGGACCCCGUCAUCAGGGAAGGGGAACUUGGCAGACGGAAGGAUUAACCCUGAUCAGGAUGAUGAUACUGAACUUAAAAUAAGCAUCAAACAAGAAAGUACAGAUGUAAAUGUGAUCGGAAACAAGGAUGUUGUGACUGAAGAAGAUCUGGACGUUUUUAAGCAGGCCCGGGAACUGUCUUGGGAGAAAAUAGAGUAUGAAAGUGGAGUGGAAGACUGUGGUCGGUACCCUUCAGUAAUAGAGUUUGGAAAAUAUGAAAUCCAAACCUGGUACUCCUCGCCUUACCCACAGGAAUAUGCAAGAUUACCAAAGCUCUACCUGUGUGAAUUCUGUCUUAAGUAUAUGAAGAGUAAAAAGAUUUUGCUAAGACACUCCAAAAAGUGUGGAUGGUUUCAUCCUCCUGCCAAUGAAAUUUACCGAAGGAAAGACCUUUCAGUAUUUGAGGUUGAUGGGAAUAUGAGCAAAAUUUAUUGCCAAAACCUUUGCUUGUUAGCCAAGCUCUUCCUGGACCACAAAACAUUGUAUUAUGAUGUCGAGCCUUUCCUUUUUUAUGUCCUUACAAAAAAUGAUGAAAAAGGCUGUCAUCUGGUUGGAUACUUCUCUAAGGAAAAGCUUUGCCAGCAGAAGUAUAAUGUCUCCUGCAUAAUGAUCAUGCCCCAGCACCAAAGGCAAGGGUUUGGACGGUUUCUCAUUGAUUUCAGCUAUUUGCUUUCUAGAAGAGAAGGCCAAGCAGGGUCUCCCGAAAAGCCACUUUCUGAUCUGGGCCGUCUCUCCUACCUGGCCUACUGGAAGAGUGUCAUCUUGGAAUACCUCUACCACCACCAUGAGAGGCACGUUAGCAUCAAGGCCAUUAGCAGGGCCACAGGCAUGUGCCCACACGACAUUGCCACCACCCUGCAGCACCUCCACAUGAUCGACAGGAGAGAUGGCAGGUUUGUCAUCAUUCGAAGGGAAAAGUUGAUAUUGGGUCACAUGGAAAAACUGAAAAACUGUUCCCGACCCAAUGAACUUGAUCCAGAGAGUCUAAGAUGGACCCCCAUUUUAAUUUCUAAUGCUGUGGUUUCUGAAGAAGAGCGGGAAGCUGAAAAGGAGGCUGAACGACUAAUGGAACAAGCCAGCUGCUGGGAAAAGGAGGAACAAGAGAUCCUGUCGUCUAGAGUUAACAGUAGGCAAUCACCUGCAAAAGUACAAUCAAAAAACAAAUACUUGCAUUCUCCAGAGAGGCGGUCAGUGGCAGGGGAGCGAGGACAGCUGUUAGAGCUGUCCAAAGAGAGUAGUGAGGAAGAGGAUGAGGAAGAGGAUGAAGAAGAAGAGGACGAAGAGGAUGAAGAUGAGGAGGAAGAAGAGAACAUUCAGACAUCUCCCCCGCGGUUGACCAAACCACAGUCAGUUUCCAUUAAAAGAAAGAGGCCGUUUGUAGUAAAGAAGAAAAGGGGUCGUAAACGCCGGAGGAUCAACAGCAGUGUGACAACCGAGACGAUUUCUGAGACAACCGAGGUACUGCACGAGCCCUUUGACAACUCAGAUGAAGAGAGGCCCAUGCCGCAGCUGGAGCCUACCUGUGAGAUCAAGGUGCAGGAAGAGGGCAGGAAGCCAGUUCUCAGAAGAGCAUAUCAGCAUCAGCCGGGGAAGAAGAGGCAGACGGAGAAAGAGGAAGAGGAAGAAAAGGACAAUCAUCUCUUCAAGAAUGCUGCCCUCUGUAGAAACGACAUGGAUGAUAAUGCAGAAUGCUUGAAAGAAGGCAGCAGAGACAGUUCUGAAGCCCUGAAGUGCAAACACGCAUGGCCCAAAGGAACAAAGCGAGGGCUCUCCAAGUGGAAGCAGAACAAGGAGAGGAAGACGGGGUUUAAACUGAACCUGUACACCCCACCGGAAACACCCAUGGAGCCAGACGACCAGGUGGCAGUAGAAGAGCAGAAGGAGGUCUCAGAAGACAAGGGCAGCCCUGUGGGAACAGAGCGGGAGGUGACAGAGGCCCUGGAAACACCACUGCCUCAGGAAGGGAACAGAAAGGAAGAGACAGGCGCACCUGUGAGUCCUUGUAAAUCACCAAGUAAAAAGGUAGAUGAGGACCUCAUCAAAGGCGAGGAGGAGGAAGAGGAGGAGGAGGAAGAAGAGCGAGAGGAGGAGGAAGAAGGAGGAACUGCAGAAAAAGACCAAGAUGGUGCUGAAAGUAAAGAGAAAGAAGAAGAACCAGAAAUCUGCAUGGAAAAAGAAGAUCCUGUGCAUCUGGAUGAUCACGAGGAGGAGGAGGAAGAGGAGGAAGAGCCAUCUCACAAUGAGGACCAUGAUGCGGAUGAUGAAGAUGACAGUCACAUGGAGAGGGGUGACCUCCCAAAGGAAGCCUUCAAGGAUGCGCUAGAGAGCCAGGAAGCUUUUUUAGACCUUAGUGUUCAACCUGGUCAUUCUAACCCUGAGGUCCUUAUGGAUUGCGGCGUAGAUCUUGCAGUUGCAUGUACCAAUGAGACGAAAGAACUUUCUGGGGACACUGGAACUGCACCCGAGUCUGAUGAGGAGCCCCCAGAAGACCAGACUCAGAAGCAGGACCAGAAGAACUGUGAUGCUAUCAAUGAGGAGCUCAAAGAGGGAGGCACAGCCCCUGUGGAAAUUGACUCGGAGACCGUCCAGGCUGUUCAGUCUUUGACCCAAGAAAACAGGGAACACGAUGACACCUUUCAGGACUGUGCCGAGACUCAAGAAGCCUGUAGAACCCUGCAGAACUAUACACAUACAGACCAAAGUCCUCAAAUUGCCACCACUCUGGACGAAUGCCAACCGUCAGACCACAGCCCAGUUUCUUCUGUCCAUUCCCACCCUGGCCAGUCAGUUCGUUCUGUCAAUAGCCCCAGUGUCCCUGCCCUAGAGAAUAGCUAUGCCCAAAUCAGCCCUGAUCAGACUGCCAUCACAGUGCCACCUCUGCAGAGCAUGGAGACCAGCCCCAUGAUGGAUGUGCCGUCCGUCUCAGAUCACUCACAGCAAGUCGUUGACAGUGGCUUUAGUGACCUGGGCAGUAUCGAGAGCACAACGGAGAACUACGAAAACCCAAGCAGCUAUGACUCAACCAUGGGUGGCAGCAUCUGCGGAAACGGCUCUUCCCAGAACAGCUGCUCCUACAGCAGCCUCACCUCUAGCAAUCUGACGCAGAGCAGCUGUGCCGUCACCCAGCAGAUGUCCAACAUCAGCGGGAGCUGCAGCAUGCUGCAGCAGCCCAGCAUCAGCUCCCCUCCAACCUGCAGCGUCAAGUCUCCCCAAGGCUGUGUGGUAGAGAGGCCUCCCAGCAGCAACCAGCAGCUAGCUCAGUGCAGCAUGGCCGCCAACUUUACCCCACCCAUGCAGCUGGCUGACAUCCCCGAGACCAGCAAUGCCAACAUUGGCUUAUAUGAGCGAAUGGGUCAAAGUGAUUUUGGGGCUGGGCACUACCCACAGCCAUCUGCCACCUUCAGCCUUGCCAAACUGCAGCAGUUAACGAAUACCCUUAUUGACCAUUCAUUGCCUUACAGCCACUCUGCUGCUGUGACUUCCUAUGCAAACAGUGCCUCUUUGUCCACACCACUAAGUAACACAGGGCUUGUUCAGCUUUCUCAGUCCCCACACUCCGUCCCUGGGGGACCCCAAGCACAAGCUACCAUGACCCCACCCCCUAACCUGACUCCUCCUCCCAUGAAUCUGCCACCGCCUCUUUUGCAGCGGAACAUGGCUACUUCAAACAUUGGCAUCUCCCACAGCCAAAGACUGCAAACUCAGAUUGCCAGCAAGGGCCACGUCUCCAUGAGAACCAAGUCGGCAUCUCUGUCACCAGCCACUGCCCCCCAUCAGUCACAAAUCUAUGGGCGUUCCCAGACUGUAGCCAUGCAGGGUCCUGCACGGACUUUAACAAUGCAAAGAGGCAUGAACAUGAGUGUGAACUUGAUGCCAGCGCCGGCCUACAACGUCAACUCUGUGAACAUGAACAUGAACACUCUGAAUGCCAUGAACGGGUACAGCAUGUCCCAGCCAAUGAUGAACAGUGGCUACCAUAGCAACCAUGGCUACAUGAAUCAAACACCCCAGUACCCUAUGCAGAUGCAGAUGGGCAUGAUGGGGACCCAGCCAUAUGCCCAGCAGCCAAUGCAGACCCCACCCCACAGUAACAUGAUGUACACAGCCCCUGGACACCAUGGCUACAUGAACACAGGCAUGUCCAAACAAUCUCUCAAUGGGUCCUACAUGAGAAGGUAGGCAGCCUGGCAGCCCACAGAGCCCGCUGGGCCGCACUGUUGGAUUGAUCUGCACAAAUACCUUUGAAGAGUACGAUUUCAAAACCAGCAUUGGUGUGAAUGCAAAAACAUUGUUGGCACCAUUUAUUUAAAAAAAAAAAAAAGCUGUAUGCAGCAGAAAGCCUUAUACAAGUUGUUUUUCUUUUUUCUUUUUUUCUUUUUUGGUACCUUUGUUUCUGUUACUUUUCUAUAAAAUCCUCUGCAAAGGAAGGCCUCCCAUAGGACUACGGUUAGGGGCAGCCACUCUUGGUGCCUGCUUCCCUUAAACAGUGUGGAUACAAGCCCCUCCCCAGAUCACCUGUUUUAAUAUUGAACCCAGAGCUUUUUUCCUUCCUUGUCAACUCCAUGUAAAUGCCUUUAGCAUUUCAAUUACUGUAUAUUUUGUUUAAGGUGACACUUCCGCAUGCCGCUAAUGUCUUUGUUAGUGACAGUGCAUUUUGUAGUACUGUACAAGUGUUGUGCUAACGGUAAGCCAUUUCUUAAGUUUUUUGCCUUGAUUAGGGUACCCUAAUUUGAGGGUUUAAAAAAAAACUCUAUUUUUGUUAAUGAUAAAACUGUAAAGAGCUAUCAGAGCUGUCCCCAUCUGGUUAGUCAAGAGGGUUAUUGCUAACUGUUCGGUGUAAAGUUGAGACCCUUUUCCAUUCUGGUGGCAGGUUCCUUUGGGGGAAGGCAGCUUUCUGUUUUAUAAAUGCACACUUCUGUUUAUUGAAUGAAGCAUAUCUCAGUAUUUAUCUGUCAGGUUUUGAAGCAUUUCAUAUAUGUCCAAAUCCUUGGCAGGAUUAAAAAAAAAAAUAGUGAAUUUGGUGUAAAGUUGCUAUUUUAUGGAAAUGCCUCUAACUUUACAUUUUCAUUCCAUCUGUAGAUUUUUCUAUCUUUAUAAAAUAUUGGAGUUAUUUUUUAAGGAAAAAUAGAAGAGUAGCUUGUGAAUAGCUCAAACUAAGCUUACAAAUCGCAUGUAAAAAAGCAGAAAAGUUAUUUGUGUCUGUUUAUAUUGCUUCCUUUUGUAGCCUUUGUACCUAUACAGGUGACAGUGAGGGCCAAGCAGAGGCGCGACCUUGUAUAAAAUAGGAGCCAGCAGCACUCGCGUAUUUAUCUCUUCUCUUUUUAGUCAGUUACUUCAAAAAAAGAAAAAACAAAAAAAGCUGUACAUUUUAACAUAAAAUAAAUUAUGAUGAGCCAUUUU